AUGGCCAGACCUGUCGUCCCAUACACCCACGUGCCUGCUGGUAGCCCAAGCCCGCCUUCACCGGAUAGUGACUGGGUGGACGGCAACUUUCCCCCACUUCCAAACCCUCAUCUCAGGCCUACUCCUGGGUCGCCUACCGCCAGCUCGCCCUUUCGACCACCGCGCUCCUUUCGCGUCCAUUCGUAUGCAUCUAGCACAUCUGCGGUGGUCGGGCCUUACCCUUCGCUCUCCCGAGCCAGCCCGACGAGCAGCGCAGUACUAUCACUGUCAGAGAAGUUUCAUUUUGACGCAGAUCCUGCCGUGUGGGGAAUCCCCGUUAGCGGGCCUGAGCCAGAUGAUGUUUUGCACGAUCCAAGAUAUGCCUCGGAUUACCGCCAAAUGAACGACCUCUUCACCGCCCGCGGAAUUUCCAAUGUCGGGUGUCUCAUGGUAUUGAUGUUAGCAUGUACGGGUCUAUUCGUUGGAUACCCACUAGCCAGUUACUUCACGACCGCGCGAGAACAAGCGGCGCUGCUGGUCAACUCCACUGGACAGGAGUUCUACCAAGUACAUUCAUACAAUGAUCCAUCACAGGUCCUGCAACUCGUCUUCAGCGACGAAUUCGAGCAGGAGGGCCGCACCUUCUACCCGGGAGACGAUCCUUAUUGGGAAGCUCUCGACCUACAUUACUGGGCCACGGGCAACAUGGAGUGGUACGAUCCUGGGGCGGUCACCACUCGUGAUGGAGCGCUUGAGCUUACACUUUCACGCGUGAAGGACCCCAAGACGAAUCACGGCCACGAAUUCAUGGGCGCCAUGCUGAGCACGUGGAACAAAUUCUGCUUCACUGGUGGGCUCAUCGUGGCAGACGUCAUGAUGCCUGGAACGACAAAUGUCUUCGGACUCUGGCCUGCGUUAUGGACCCUGGGCAAUCUUGGUAGGGCUGGCUAUGGUGCGACGUUGGAUGGAAUGUGGCCGUACUCCUAUGACGCGUGUGAUGUCGGUGCGCUACCGAAUCAAACAACCCCCGAUGGCAAGGGCCCGCUCGCAGCGCUUGACGAUGGACACGGUACGAAUACACCGCUGUCGUUCCAACCUGGCCAACGACUGAGUCGAUGCACUUGUCCGGGGGAGAGCCACCCUGGGCCUAUGCACAGGGAUGGCUCCUACGUGGGCCGCUCGGCUCCGGAAAUCGAUAUCUUCGAGGGCCAGAUCGGUGGCCCAGAGACUGCUCGUACCGGAGACGUGUCGCAGUCUGCGCAGUUCGCGCCCUUUAACGCUCUCUAUGCGUGGUACAAUACCACCGACAACAUGGUCAUCACCGACUAUAAGCUCUCCCACCAGAACGACUACUCGGGCGGAGUUUAUCAGCAGCCUUGCUCCGUCGUGACAGCCACCAACCAACAAUGUUAUCAGCUCAAAAGCCAGUGCUUCGCCACCCAAGGGUUUGAAUACGUCCCCGGUUAUGACAAGGCGUACAUCACCUGGAUCAGCGACAACAAAGUUGCAUGGACGUUCAACUCGGGCGGUCUUGCCGAAGACCCGCGUGUCAGCAUUUCCGCACGCCCAAUAUCCGAGGAACCUAUGUACAUCAUCGCGAACCUGGGCAUCUCGACCUCCUUCGGGUUUGUCGACAUGGAACACCUUACCUUCCCCGCGGUGAUGCGCAUCGACUGGAUCCGCGUCUAUCAGCACCCCGACCGCAUAAACGUUGGGUGUGACCCUGCGAGCCGCCCAACGAGCAACUAUAUCAACACAUACCUGGAAGCAUACACGAACCCGAAUUUAACGACCUGGAAGGACGACUUUAAGCAGCCGAUCCCUAGGAACAAGCUGCUGGAACAAUGCUAA